GAGUGUAGCCUAGCUUUUCUGUUACUUGACUAAACUGGUAUGCAAAAUCAUAUCCAGUAGUGUUUUCUUGCGUUGCUGAGUAUUCUAGAAGAUAAAUAAUCCCUCCCUGACCACAGAGAAGCAUCUCCUUGAGAAAGGAACAAAUGGCCUUAUUCCUUAUAAGGCAUCACCCGGCAGCUUGAGCCCUGUGAAUGGGCCAAUUGCUCUCUGAUUGUUCGCAGCCUCUUGCUUCACGCAGCGGCUCAGAGCAGCGCCAGGAAGCUGCAGGCGGCGGGCAGAAAAAACCCAAAGCAGCCGGAGCCUGGAGAGAAGCAGCUUCUGCAGCUCCGCAUCCAGGACGGGACUAUGGGCAAGUCAGCUUCCAAGCAAUUUGCAGAAGAGGUCUUAAAAGCCCACAAUGACUACAGGAAGAAGCAUGGAGUUCCCUCGCUAAAACUCUGCAAGAAGUUAAACAGGGAAGCACAACAGUAUUCUGAAGCUCUUGCUAGCACCAGAAUCCUCAAACACAGUCCUGAAUCCAGUAGUGGUAAAUGUGGGGAAAACCUCGCAUGGGCUUCGUAUGAUCAGUCAGGGAGCGAAGUAGCUGACAGAUGGUACAACGAAAUAAAAAGUUACAACUUUCAGAGUCCAGGGUUUUCUUCUGGGACAGGACACUUUACAGCCAUGGUUUGGAAGAACACCAAAAAGAUGGGAGUUGGCAAGGCAGCUGCCAGCGACGGCUCCACAUUUGUGGUGGCCCGAUAUGAGCCUGCUGGCAAUAUUGUCAACCCUGGUCACUACGAACAGAAUGUGCUCCCGCCAAGGAAAUAACGUUGCCCGGAGCCUGAGGGAAAGGACUGUUCAAGCGGCUAAUGAAAAGCAAAACGGAGGAUCGGAUUAGUUUGGAUAAGCAGGUUUAUAUUUGAAAAUGGUUAUCAAACUUGCUACAAGGAGAGUGGCUUGAAUUGUGAGAAUCAAUCUUGCCUGCCAAAAUGGACUUUUGUAUGGAACCAGUGCCUAAAGGGCUGAGGAACCUCAGCAAGCCCAAAAACGUAGAAUGUGCAAAAAUUAGGAGUUCGAAAUAAUGGUUUUAUAUAGCUUUAUAUUUGUCUAGGGUUCCUUUUUAAAAUUACAUUUGUAUGGUUUAAGUAAAAUUCAGUUGUGAUAACUUUUAAAUGUUUUUUUUAAUCAAGUUCAGAUUGCAAAUUACGAAGUAAACAGUCUGAUUUUGGCUAUUGUAUCAAAACAGUUGAGUUCCUUAUGAAUCCCAUUCACAUCCAUAGCCCUUGCUUUUAUGCAGUACUUUAUAAUAUUUUUGUAUGCUCUUUCUAGAUGUAUGAGGGUUCUCUCUGUAGCCUGGAUACACUCUGUAAAUAACAUUUGUGUUCUUUGGCCAAGUGCAUGUGUUGAAAUCACAAUGGUCUGUCAGAUGAUGGUAGCAUUUGGGAGCACAGAAGAUGAAAACUGAACCCUGCAAUGUACUGUAUAUUGAGCACAGUUUGCCGUUGGCAUGGAAGUUUUUCCAGUUAGUUGAAAUUUGAACUUAGUCCUAGAUGAGUAGCUACUAUUUGGACGAGUACUAUUUGUUCAGUGAAAUCCGGGAUGCCACAUAGCAGCCUAAAUCCAGGGCUAUAUACAUGUUGCAGUGGAAGUGCAGAAUUCCGCUUCUUGAGAAUCUCACCAGAAAAUAAAACCAAGCAGAACAGCUGCAAAAAGAUGCUUAGAAGUGCCUGGUCAGAUGCCCACCAAUAUGUCAUAAGCCUGGUAGUUGAUGUCAGUACUUCCGUGGCUUACAUAGGUUCUUGACCUCAUUAGUAGCAAAACCAGAAUAAAUUAUGCAAGAUAGCAAAAAUACAGGUAAAUUAUGCAGAAAAGCGAAAUCGUGCAAAUAGAGCAACUGUGCAUAAUUUAUACUGGUUAAAGGAUUACUCUUUUCUUGGUGCAUAAUUUAGAUGCCUGGUUGCAGUUUAAAAAAAAAAAAGUUGGCACAAUGUGUGCUUGUUGUAUGUACAAUUCAGAUGACAAUUUACAUGCUAUGGUGUUGCUCACAGUGGUUUACAUUAAAAAUACAUACCAUGCCAGUGACUAAGCAAAGGCAGGCCCUUUGGGAUUAUUCUGCCAUCAUUAGAAAUCAUAAUCUUUCUUAACACCAUCUCUUCCCCCACUUUAAGAAAUAUUGUAAAUCUUCUAUUCAUCUGCUCUUUCAGAACAUUCCUAUUAGAUAUGUAACUGGUAAUGCAUGACUUUAUGCUGCAGUUCCAAGUGAGUGUAGGAAGGUACGCAUAACUAAGCUUCCUGAGAAAUUCAGUUUUCAUUUUGUAAAGCAAGAUGCAAACAUUUGCUGAAAGCUCAGAAGUACGAGCAGUGCCUGAAUGAGAUUUUCAGUCCUUGGGGACGUCAGGUUUCAGUGUCAUUUCCUUUCCCAUGAUUAGCAAGGGCAGCAUAAAUUAUGAAAGACAGCAAAACUUGUAAAUUAUGCAAAAUAAGAUAAAUCAUAAAAUUUGAGCAAAUUUUAUAAUUUAUCACAUCUCACAGGAUUUUGUUUUCUUAGUACAGAAUAUGGAUUGCCUGAAUAUAUAUAGCACAGAGUACACAUAGUUCUGCACAGAAGACUUGCCCUUAUAUUUUUUUAUAUGUCUAUACAUCUGAAAUAAUACUGGCUGGACUGUAGAUCUCAGCCAGCCAGCAAGGAAAAGAGAGGCGGUAUCUCAGCUACUCCCAGGGAGGCUGCCAGCCUCACCAACCAGCCCACGGCAGUUAUAGUUUAUCGGAUGCCAGCAUUCAGAUGAUGCUUGCCUGUUUGGAGGUGGAUGGUGUGGAGGCGAAGGGGUGAGAGACCCUGGAGGAAGGGGACAGAGUGCAAGUCUCCACUGGGAGCUGCUGGAUAAAGAACCGGGAUGUGCACAGAGGGGAGAGAAGGGUUGGGUCAACCCAGAAGUUCCUGCCUAGGAUUCUCAUUUUGGCACUAGGCAGAGACCUGUGAGUUUAGACAAGUUUGGGGGUGGGUGGGUCCUGUGAACCCCGGGCAAAGAGCAGGUGGAAGGAGGAGAGAGCCAGGGGUGCCUAGAUGCCAAGCAGCUGUCCCAGUGGCAGUCUGCUCCUUACCUACCAGAAGAGGAGAGAAGAAAGACGAUCAGUGUAGCAUCUGGGACAUCCUGAGGGGCGGGCAGAGGUGCCCAUGUGGCCCAGACUGGAGACAGCAGCCCCCAACCUCCCUUGAAGCCCCAAAUCCCCAAGGCAGCUUGUAGGCCUCCUUGCUUUAGUCCCAGGCUGUGAACACACUACACCUUAAAAGCAGAUUUCUUCCCUCCCCCCCCCAAAGAAUUAUGGGCACUGUAGUUUAUCUCUCAUUUACAAUUCCUAGCAAGCCUUAAACUACAGUGGGCAGAGGGGAGUCACGUCCAAUAAAGUGAGGCAUCAGGCACUGUAAUUUAAGGGUGUGUGUGCUUCAAAUGCCCUUUAAAGGCAUAGUCCAUAUGCAGCCCCACUUUAACCAGAACACACACCUCGCCCUAGGGAGGCCCACCCAUGAGGCAAGGUGAGGCAACUGCCUCAGGUGGCCGGAUCCAGUGGAGCAGCAGGUCCUGGUGUCAAUCUUUCUACCCCCACCCGCCUUAUCUCUUUACUUCCAUGAGCAUAGCCUUACUAAAAUUGUGUAUAUUCAUGAAUAUUCAGCUUCUGUUUAAAAGAAAUGAAACAUGAAAUUAGAAAGGUCUUUGCCUUACAUGGUCACAUGAUAUUAAAUUAAGUUAGUGGUGCUGCCGUUUGUAUUCCAAGUCCAUUAAAUGUAACCCAAGAAUUCAAUACAGCAGAAUUAUUAAUAUUUGAAAAUAAAGUAUUUUUCGUAUGAA